AUGGUGUUCCAUUCCAGGAAUUUAAGCAGAAAACGUUACCGUCGGCAAAAUACUUUGAUGACCAGCGCUUGCUACACUUGGUACAUACCUGGCGAAAAGGACGACCAAACUGUUUAUGAGAGAGCGAAAAUUUUGGUUCAGAAAGCAAUGAGCACGGGUGUGGCAGUUUUUGAUAGCAACCCUCCGAGCCAAUCUCAGUCCCGCAAGAUCGAUGCUAUCCUUGUGGAGGACAACAUAGAAAAAGCACCAGAGAUACCAGCAACAACGACAUUAUUUCAUGAGAGCCAACACAAUCCAUUACCGUCGCACGGCCCGGCUGACAUUCAGUCAGAGACUGUCGAAGUCUCUGAAGCUAUAAUUAUCAGUGUAUCUAAGAAGAGCAUGAUUUAG